AUGGUUCGAGCGAUUUUAUUAUCCAUUCUACGAGCGCCGUAUUAUCCACCAGCCUCACAAAAAGGUUUAUGGGGCGGUGAAGGAGUGGUUAGUGGCUAUUAUACGACCAAGCGUAGAAAGCAUAAGAUUAAACGCAAAUGGCAUCCCAACGUCCAAACAAUGAAACUGUUUAGUGAUAUCCUGGAUCAGACGCUUCGAGUCCCAACUACCAUGUCUGCUUUAAAACAAAUAGAACGAGCUGGCAGUCUAGAUAAUUACAUCUUGCGUACACCUGAUAAACAAUUAAACUCAGAAUUUGCCUUUGAUCUACGUAAAAAGAUCCUAUCUAGAGUCAUAUACCUUAAAAAGAGAGAUAUCCGAAAGUAUCAAAAAGCCAUGGACAAUUUACAGCGUAAACGAGAUGCAUAUCAGUUCAAUCUAACACUUGCUAUAGAAGAGGAACCAACUAAAGCCUUUAAAGAGCAAAAAUUACAAAUUAGAGAAAUUAAAAAUGAAAUGAAUGAAAUUAAAAAGAAUAUCGGUAUUUGUGAAUGGGAGAUUUUAGAUGCUAAACGUAGAUCAGUAACAGAGAAAGAGAAAUAUUUAAGAAAGAAAGCACAAAAAUUCUGGAUGGAGAAAGCACGUAAGAAGCAAUUAAAACAAGCUGCACAUGCUAGAGCGGUAGCUCGCGCACAAGAAAGCCUUGAAGACGAAGACGAAGAGUCUGCUGAGCCUGAAAGGAAAGGAGUUUGGAAUUGGAUUAAAUCUAUCUUUAGCAGAAAGUGA